UUUUCCACCAAGUAAAAUCAUGGGAAACAGAUGUUUCUUCUUUGCUGCUCUGUUCAUGGCAAGCUCUGUAACACUUAUUCUAGCUACUACUCCAGCUCAUAACCUCAGUACCGAUGUAUCUGCUCUUCUUGGCUUCAAAACCUUGAUAUCUUCCGACCCUUUUGGAAUUAUGGCCAGUUGGAAUUCAAAUAACUCUGUCUGCAAUUGGUUUGGAGUCGCUUGUAAUCAUGUCAAUAACCAGAGAGUCACCGUCUUGAAUCUUUCUAACUCCAGCAUUGGAGGAUCUAUAGGUCCCCAGUUGGGAGACCUCUCAUUCUUAACUUCAUUAGAUCUCAGCUACAACAACUUUACUGGAUUCAUCCCAACUGAAUUGGCUAACUUGCAUGCUCUAGAGGAUCUGAAUUUGGGAUACAACAAUAUAUCUGGAAAGAUCCCAUCAUGGCUUGGAGCCUUGCCAGGACUCCAGCUUCUACUUCUCAACAACAAUAGUUUCGCAGGUGUGAUCCCAGUUUCUUUGAGCAAUAUCUCAAAGUUGGAGACAUUAAAUCUGGAGUAUAAUCUUUUGGAGGGAAAUAUUCCACAAGGGAUUGGUAAUCUUUCGAAUUUGAGGACAUUAACACUAGGACAUAACCUUCUUACUGGAUCCUUACCUUCUAGCCUUUUCAACAUGUCUUUCUUGGAAGAAGUUGAUCUCUCUGGUAAUAGUUUAUCAGGCCAUCUUCCAUCGGAUAUCUGCAAUGGUAACUCCAAACUCAAAGGGCUUCAACUGUCGUCAAAUUUUAUUGAAGGUACAAUUCCAGCAUUCAUAUACAGAUGCAGGAACCUUGAGCUUUUAUCACUGUCCUACAAUCAAUUUGAUGGAAGCAUACCUCGAACACUUGGAUACUUGACCAAGCUCAAGGAUUUACAUCUUGGGGGAAACAAUUUUAGAGGUGGAAUUCCGUUGGAGAUUGGAAAUCUUACGCAUUUGGAGCAACUGGACAUGCAAAGUAGCUCACUAACUGGAAGAAUACCAUCAUCUAUUUUCAAUAUAUCCUCACUGAGAAUGAUUGAUUUUUCUAACAACAGCCUCUCAGGAAGCUUUCCUGUAGACAUGUCUUACAAUCUUCCCGCACUUGAGGAGCUAUAUCUUUUUACCAAUCACUUCAAUGGCUCAAUUCCAUCCUUCAUAUGGGAAUCCAAGAAUCUUGUGAUGGUCAGAUUGUCAGAAAACAACUUCACAGGAGGCAUAUCGAGAAGGGUUGGGAACCUAACUUCACUAAAAGGACUUGAUCUAGAUGACAACAAGCUGACAGGUGAAAUACCUGUUGAGAUAGGUAACAAUGCCAUUCUCCAACGACUUGCACUUGGUUACAAUAAUCUUGCAGGUCACGUCCAACCUGGAUUCUUCAACAUGUCGUCAUUGACAUUGUUGGUCCUGGACAAUAACCACUUCUCUGGCCCUCUGCCUACAAGCAUGUGGACAACACUUCCAAAUAUUGAGCGAAUUUAUCUAUCUACGAAUAAAUUCACAGGAAUGCUCCCAAGUUCUAUAUCCAAUGUUACUAAGCUUACCUUGCUAGCCAUGAUUGAAAACUCUUUGACUGGCCCAAUACCAAACACAGUAGGUGACUUGAAAUUCUUGAGGAGACUUUAUCUUGGAGGGAAUAACUUCACCAGAGAAUCUUCGACUGAAGAAUUGACUUUCAUAUCUGCUUUAACAAAGUGCAGAGAGUUCGAAGCUGCGGAAUUAUCACUGAAUCAAUUCAAUGGUUUCCUGCCAAGUUCAAUUGGGAACUUUUCCGCAUCUCUUCAAUCGUUCAAUUGCUUUUUAUGCAAAAUUAAGGGACCUAUUCCAAGUGAAAUUGGAAAUUUGACUAGCUUGCAGUCCAUAAAUUUAGAUAGCAAUGAGUUUACAGGAGUUAUCCCAUCAACACUUGGGAAAUUAAGUCAAGCUGAUCGCAUAUAUCUUGAGCACAAUAAACUGCAAGGAAACAUCCCCCCUGAGCUUUGCCAACUGAAGAAUCUUGGUGAUUUAUAUCUUCACAACAAUAUGCUCCAAGGUCCAAUACCACAUUGCUUGGGUGAAAUCAAGUCCUUGAGACGACUCUUUUUGCACUCCAACAAUUUGACCUCAACCAUUCCAAUGACUUUAUGGGAACUUAAAGAUCUCUUGGGUCUAAAUCUGUCCUCAAACUUUUUGACCGGUCACCUUCCAGCAGAGGUUCAGAACUUGAGGGUCAUUACACAAUUAGACUUAUCAUGGAAUGAACUUUCAGGUGAUAUUCCAAGUACUCUUAGCAGUGCUCAAUCACUUGUUUAUCUGUCAUUGGCACAAAAUAGAUUUCAAGGAGAUAUUCCUGAGUCUCUUGGAAGCAUAAUGAGCUUGGAACAUUUGGAUCUAUCUCAUAAUAAUCUUUCUGGAAGGAUACCAAAGUCAUUCGAGAAGCUUAAAUACCUAAACUUUUUGAAUGUGUCUUUGAAUAAAUUAGAAGGAGAAAUUCCAAAUGGUGGACCUUUUGUUAACUUCACUGAUCAAUCAUUUCUGCAAAACUCUGCUCUGUGUGGUUCAGAUCGUUUACAUUUCUCACCUUGCAAAACAGAAACACAUUCCAAAUCAAGGUCAAAAACGGUUCUAAGGUACAUUUGGCUUCCUAUUGUAUUUGGUAUCCUAAUUGUAGCUGUGAUCGUAUACUUGUGGGCGAGUAAACAAAGACAAAGUGUAGGCUUACCACAGACUGAUUUCUCAUUGCCUCAUACCUGGAGAAAAGUUUCCUACCUGGAACUUCUGAAAGCAACAGAUUCUUUUAGCACAAAAAAUCUACUUGGGACCGGAAGUUAUGGUUCUGUGUACAGAGGAACACUUGCUGAUGGUUCCGAUAUUGCAGUUAAAGUUUUCCACUUGCAAUCAGAAGGAGCAAUCAGGACCUUUGAUUCUGAAUGUGAAGUAUUAGCAAGUAUACGACAUCGAAACAUUAUUAGAAUCCUCAGUUGUUGUAGUAAUGAGGAUAUCAAGGCCUUGGUGCUGGAGUAUAUGCCAAAGGGGAGCCUCGAGAGCUGGUUAUAUGCAGGCAAUUACUUUCUAAACUUUCUACAGAGAACACAUAUUGCAAUUGACGUUGCAUCAGCUCUAGAAUACCUUCAUCAUGAUCACAUGCCACCCAUUGUUCAUUGUGAUUUAAAGCCUAGCAACAUCUUGAUCGACAAAGAUAUGACAGCAUGCAUCUGCGACUUCAGCAUUGCCAAACUUUUUGGUGAAAGGGAAGUUUUGGUGCAAACCAAGACCUUAGCAACAAUUGGUUACAUGGCUCCAGAAUAUGGAACAGAGGGUAUAGUAUCUCCAAGUGGUGAUGUCUACAGUUUUGGUAUAAUCUUGCUUGAAAUGUUCACAUUGAAGAAGCCAACUGAUGAUACUUUUGGGGAAGAAUUGAACUUGAAGCAGUGGAUUAUGGAGUCACUACGGGAAAGUUCCAUAAUGGAUGUUGUUGACAGAAAUUUAAUUGGACAAGACGAUGUUCAACUACAAGGAAAGAAAGAAUGUCUGGAAGAUAUCUUUCAUCUUGGGCUAGAUUGUUUAGCUGAUUCACCACAUGGGAGGAUCAACAUGAGGGACAUUGUGCUUAGGCUCAAAAAGAUCAAAGCAAAAUUACUUAAAUGAAGUAGUCUGAUGAGUUGCAACAAAACCCGUUUUUUAACAGGAAAUUUUCUUCCUUUUAGGAAUAGUCCUUGCAUAAUUUGAAGGCUGAAGCAUUUCCUGACUUUUUGAAGAAAGUAUACUGCUGUAAUUAGCUGUUUUGGAGUUUUUCGAGAAGUGAUGAGAUAACUGAUUUUAGAGAAUAAAGGCUGUUUUUAUUGUA